AUGGCCGUCACCUGUUGCCUUUCUAGUCCCGCACGUCAAAACCCCCUGGAUGCACAGCGUUUCGACCCGCUGCGGCGCACUCGCACAAGACUUGUAUCGCUUUUCAACACCGGCACUCCAAAACUGAUAGGUCAGGGCCUUUGCGUCAGGACCGAGCGAGCAAGCGUGGGUGAUAUGUGGCCGGACCAUGAGGUUGUAGUCGAUCCUUUUGAGGGGGGAGAUUCUGAUCUGGAGGGGUCGUGCCCAUCCCCACCCUUUACUUCUACUACGGACACGUGUGCCACUUCCGCUACGCCUGUCGAUGAAUACGACCACGACGACAUCGUUAUCACACGUACCAUCAUCCGUCCUAACCCCUAUCGUGGUCCUACUCGUAUGCUACCUCGCACGCGGAUGGUGCUUACCCGCAUGUUCUCGCGCUCGCCGUCUCCCACAAGCACCUGCUCUCCCUCUCCAUUUUCUUUGCCAUCUGCCACAUCCUCAACUUUCGAUAGCGAUGCGGAUGAUACGAAAAUUCACAGGAGGGAGAGGCCUGUGUUGCUGGUCAUUGUUAAGGAGAGGAGGGAAAGGUACGAGGAUGAUCGGGCGUUUAAGGAGAUUGUGGGGAGUGUCUUUCCUGCUGCUGGUGUGAGGGGCGGCGCUUGAGCUUGGUCCUUGCAUGGCGAGGUUAGAUGCUUGUGAAUGUUCGUGAUGCAACUCUGGACGCCAUAUUGCAUAGAUUCCUUGUUACGCUAAUCAUUUCAUAUCUGGGGUCGUUUGUACUCUCUCAUUUAUGUAUAUUUUAUAGAUUGACCUGGUUGUCAUCUAUCUCAUUGUGCGGGGU